UACAAUUAUUGUUGAUAAAUUAAGCAAGUAAGGUUGGGAUGGAGGGAACUAAUAGUAGCGGUGAUAACGUGAGUGCGGGUGUGGUGCAGAGUAGGAUGAGGAUGAAGGUGAUGGUGGCUAUAGACGAGAGUGAAGGAAGCUUCUAUGCUCUUAAGUGGGCCCUUGAUAACCUCUUCACCACCAUGGCCACUGUGGGAGAAGCAUCAUCACCUGAAAAUGAUGGCAUGGUGUUCUUGGUUCAUGUUGAGCCCAAAGUUCACAACUAUGUGUAUCCCAUCGGACCCGGUGGAGCAGCCUUUUAUCCUGCAACUGUAGUAGUGGAUUCGGUGAAGAAAGCACAACAAGAACGAUCAGCAGCUAUUCUCUCACGGGCAUUGAAAAUGUGCCAUGAUAAGCUGGUGAAAGGAGAGAGUAUUAUUCUUCAUGGAGACGCAAGGGAAAUGAUUUGUGAAGCCGCAGAGCAAAUGCAAAUUAAUCUCCUAGUCUUGGGUAGCCGUGGCCUUGGCACGCUCAAAAGGACAUUUCUUGGAAGUGUAAGCGACUAUUGCGCACAUCAUGCAAAAACACCGAUCCUUAUUGUGAAACCACCAUCAGAGCAUAGCAAAAUGCAGUAGCCUCAGUUUUUCUGCUUAUGUUUUAAGUACGCAUCAUCUAUAAUAAAGUGCUGGAUUUAUGUAGUUUAACGUCUUUUAUCUCUAAGGAAGACUUUUUUAGAAGCUCAACAGAGAUUAGUUUGAUGCUUA